CUCUACUUUGAUGACGUCACAAGGAUCUACACUCAUUCACACAGCGAGCAGAAUGAGAGCAGAGCUCUGAGGAAAGGAUUUUAUUUUAUUUUUGACGUGCAGAGUGUCGAACAAAGUAACCUGCUGAGUCCGACAAAACCACCUGAGUUCUACAGACAGCCGACAUGUCGGAAGAAGCGAGCUCACAGGACGGGAACGGCAAAGUCAGCCGGGUCAUCAGGAUCGGAACUCGCAAGAGCCAGCUGGCGCGCAUCCAGACUGACAGUGUGGCCGACAAGCUGAAGGAGCUCUACCCGGACGUCCACCUGGAAAUAGUUGCCAUGUCAACAACAGGAGAUGUAAUCCUUGACAGAGCUUUAUCAAAGAUUGGUGAGAAGAGUUUAUUCACCAAAGAGUUGGAGAACGCCCUGGAGAGGAAUGAGGUCGACCUGGUCGUUCACUCGCUGAAGGAUCUCCCCACCAGCCUGCCUGCAGGGUUCACCAUCGGAGCUGUACUGAAGAGGGAGAACCCCCAUGAUGCAGUGGUGCUCCAUCCAAGCAACACAGGAAAAACUCUGGACACUCUUCCAGAGAAAAGUGUUAUUGGCACGAGUUCAUUACGCCGCGCUGCCCAGCUGAAGAAGAGGUUUCCCCAUCUGGAAUUCAAGGACAUCCGUGGGAACCUGAACACGCGUCUGAAGAAGCUGGAUGAGAAGGACGACUUCGCUGCCAUCAUCCUGGCUGCUGCCGGCCUGAAGAGGAUGGGCUGGGAGAACCGAAUCAGCUUGAUCCUGGAGCCUGAAGACUGUAUGUACGCUGUUGGACAGGGGGCUUUGGCGGUGGAGGUCCGGGCCAGAGAUGCAGACAUCCUGGAGAUGGUGUCUGUUCUCCAUGACCCCGACACUGUGCUGCGCUGCAUCGCUGAGAGAGCUUUCCUCAAGCAACUGGAGGGCGGCUGUAGUGUUCCUGUGGCUGUGCACACCAAGGUGAAGGACUCCCAGCUCUACCUGACCGGCGCUGUGUACAGUCUAGAUGGAUCACAGAGCAUCAAAGAAACCAUGCAGACCAGCAUCGCUCCCGGCGACGAGCAGAGCCUGGAGAGGGUGGACGAGCAGGUCCAGAGAGUGGGAGUCACAGCCAUCAAAGUCCCAGCUGAAGCCCAGGAUGCGGCUGAGCGGCUGGGCGUCAAACUGGCUGAUUUACUACUAAGCAAAGGAGCCAAGGAGAUCCUGACAGUGGCCCGGCAGCUCAAUGACGCCAGAUAAUCCCAUUCCCUAACCCCCUUCCUCUCCCCCUCCCCCUACGCCUCCAAUGGAAGGGACUGUCUGUUCAGUCUAACGCAACCUUGUUUCAAUUAGAACCACAACCUUUGUCUUGUGUGGUGCUAAUUUAAAGUCCACUUGAUUAAGAGACUGUGUUGUGGAAACACUACUUGAACCAAAGUUGCGCUCAGCACAUCAGUUUGUCAGGAGUCCCUUCUGUUUGUGGGUCUUGGUUUGGGUGCUAGCCUGUACUUACCUCAGUGAACCAUCUCCUUAACCACACACACAUCAGCCCACUGGGAUGAUCACAAAACGGCCUUCAGCACCUGCAUCACCAACUGAAAUGAGUCCAGGACGUGUCACUGUCAUCCAAGUGAAGCAGAAAGGAAGAGCUUAUCCACACUGUUGUUACAAACACAAACGCAAAUGUUGAGUCCAACGCUUGCCCGUAGCAGAACUGGAGAGCGAGGCUGGGAUCCGCACAGCUCUGCACUGAACCGGACAUUUUAACGCUCGAAGCUGUAGCUUCAGAACCGUUUCCGCAGUUCAGUUUUCUGUUCUUUACAAACAGAGAUGGUUUAAGUUUUACUUACAAUGUGAAGAAUGUUUGCAUAAACACAAAAACGGCUGGCAAGAGCACGUGAUUAGCACUGUGUUCGCACAAACAUUUGAAUGUGUGUGUCUGUGAAAUGAUGUGGUUAUUCCAGCCUCACUGAGGUUCCUCUGAUACGUGAGGCUCAGGCUGCGCUGAGGGUCUGGUGGGAUCAUAGCAAUGGUAUUUUCAUAUAAAUUUGAGACUAGAAUUCUUUCCUUAUCUAACUGCUUUUUACAAAAACACAAAUAAAGCAGCAAAUAUUCGGUGUGUUGCUGAAAACUACGCUAUAACCUUUAAAUUAAUGAUAUAGCAUGUAUUUAUUUAUAUAUUUUCAUGCAUAGGCUUGGGCAGAAAAUGAAACAAACACUUGCUAAAUUCUGAAGAAAUAUUUGAGGGAAGAAUAUAAAUUUUUUUUGGGCUCUUCAGAGUAACACUGUCUACCUAUCUGUUCCUGUACCUGGCCUGUAGUUGUAGCCAGGCAACAGGACUAGUGCUCUGCUAGUUUUUAGAUUAUGACUUCCUGUACUUUUUAUCAUCUCAAAAUAUUCCCAAACAGCAGAAAUUGUCUCGUAAGCGAGACUGUUUUUGUUUUUUCAGUCAGCUGACUGGCAGCGAGCAGCAGCAGGUGGGUUAAGGAUGGCGAUGCAUCCUAAUGGAACCUUGUUGUUCCUUGAUGCAAGGAGCUGGAGCUGGCCCCAGGCCAAAUAAAGUGACUUAAAAUGAUAUGUACCAUUAAAAUGAUCUAAAAUUAAAAACUAACAUGAUCUGGAAAUGUAUUUUCUAUUCUAAUAUAUAUAUAUAUAUAUUCACUUUAUCAAUCCUCAUAUAUGAUCUAAAAAUACGUGCAGACAUUUGUAGAUCAGUAACUGUUCUCUCACUGAUUUAUCCAUAAAUGUGAGUCUGUACCAGGAACAUCUGUGUAUGGUAGUUCUCGGGUGCCAGGGUUUGAAAGCAUGGCAAAUUCUGAGAACAGAUGAUAUUCAAUAUGGAAGAUGGUGGCACUAAGUGAAACUAUGUCAAAUUGUAAUGGAAAUGGCGUCACAUAAUGCUACCCUCCAUAUUUCUAAGCCAUUCCUCAAAAUGUAAUUGCUUCUCUCUGAUCCAGGUGCCAUCUGUGUAAGCUGUAGGAUUUAUGCUGAAGUCGGCUGCAUGUCUGCCUCCUAAAAAAGUACUCUUAUGCUCUGUUUCUUUGAUACUUCUCAGUAAGGGUUAAUGCUUUCAUCAGUACAGUUAGUUUGAUGCUAUGUUUCUUGUAUAAUUUCUCUAGUUUAAGCGUGUUAUUUUUCCAUCCAUCCAUCCAUUUUCUUCCGCUUACCUGGGGUCGGGUCGUGGGGUUAGCAGCUUCAGGGAGGCCCAGACUUCCCUCUGCCCAGCCACUUGUUCCAGCUCCUCCGGGGGAAUCCCGAGGCGUUCCCAGGCCAGCCGGGAGACAUAGUCCCUCCAGCGUGUCCUGGGUCUUCCCAGUGAAAAAAAUAAAUAAAUAGGUGAUGCUGGUUAUAAAUGUUUUUUUCAGCUUAAUUUCUAUUUUAAUCAACAGACUUUUCUAGCAAUAACAGCCUAGCAUAACAGAAAACAUGUUUUUCUUGUGAUUUGAAACAUUUGUCAAUAAAGUGUGUUUAACAUUAUUUGUUAUGUUAAACAGUAAAGUGAAGCA